UCGUUAUUAUAAUAUAUUAUCAAGUCUAUGGUUUAUUAGAAAUAUUGUUAGGAGUGGCCUCACGUGCCCUCCUGUCGCAACGAUGACAGACUGCGUGGAAAUGGGUGACUCUAGAGGUCGCUGUAACUUUUUGAUGUUUUAUAACAAAAGAAGAAGUAGCAAAGACCCGGAUGAAGGGUGCAUAUUCAGGAAACGGGCCUUUCUUCGCCCUUUUCCCUAGGAGCUAACCACGUUGGUGGAGUUCGUUCCUGGCUCACCGCUGUUCGCUUGAAUAUCUUCCGAAUAAGUCGGUCAGGAAUAUUAACAAUGGCUUUCAAAGAUACUGGUAAGGCACCUGUUGAGACUGAGGUUGCCAUUCACCGCAUCCGCAUCACCCUCACCAGCCGCAAUGUCAAAUCUCUGGAGAAGGUAUGUGCUGACCUGAUCCGUGGGGCUAAGGAGAAGAACCUGAAGGUGAAGGGACCAGUCCGCAUGCCAACCAAGACUCUGCGCAUCACCACCAGAAAGACUCCCUGCGGUGAAGGGUCCAAAACCUGGGAUCGCUUCCAGAUGAGGAUCCACAAGCGCCUAAUUGAUCUGCACAGCCCAUCUGAGAUCGUCAAGCAGAUCACCUCCAUCAGCAUCGAACCGGGUGUUGAGGUGGAAGUCACCAUCGCAGACGCAUAAGCACUGCAGAUUUUUCAAUAAAGAAAAGGAAAAAGUACACUGUUGUGGUUCUUUUGUUUGUAAACCUUUGGCCAAAAUAUAGGAGGCUAUUAAAAGAAAGAUGGUGGGCCGGUCUGGAUGCAAUCAACCUGUGAAGUUCCAUCACUAUCGAGUUUAACC